AUGGGUAUUCAAGGGCUGCUUCCACAGUUGAAGCCCAUCCAAAAUCCUGUCUCUUUGCUUAGGUAUGAAGGAUUAACUUUGGGGAUUGACGGUUACGCCUGGCUCCAUAGAGCAGCCUGUUGCUGCUCGUAUGAACUUGCAAAUGGCCUGCCGACUGCAAAGUAUUUGAAGUUCUUCAUUAAAAAGAUAAGCAUGCUUAGAUCUUUCAAGAUUGAACCUUUCUUCAUCUUCGACGGGGAUGCGAUAGGAGUGAAGAAGGACACUGAAGUGAGGCGAAGAGAGAAAAGGAUUGAGAAUAAAGCUAUUGGUGAGAGGCUUUGGAAUAUGGGUGAGAAGUCAAGCGCCAUGGAUUAUUUCCAAAAAUGUGUUGAUGUGACGCCCGAGAUGGCCAAAUGCAUUAUUGACUAUUGCAAAGUCAACCGGAUACAGUACAUCGUGGCUCCUUUUGAGGCCGAUGCCCAGAUGGUAUAUCUGGAGAAACAGAGAAUAAUUCAUGGAAUCAUAUCCGAAGAUUCGGAUUUAUUGAUCUUUGGCUGUAAGAGGCUUAUAACGAAAUUGAAUGAUUUUGGCGAAUGCAUUGAGAUCUGUCGGGACGACUUUGAUAAAUUGCCGGAAAAGUUUCCAUUAAGUCAAUUGACAGAUGACCAGGUCCGACUAAUGGUCUGCCUAUCCGGAUGUGAUUAUACGGCAGGUGUUCCAAAAGUUGGAUUGAUUACGGCAAUGAAACUUGUCAAGAGAUUUCACACACUGGACCGCGUCCUGAUGAAUAUACAACGAGAAGGAAAACUCAGCAUACCGGCAAAUUUUGAGCACGAAACUCGAUUUGCCAACUUUGCAUUCCAGUUCCAGAGAGUGUUUUGUCCCAUUAGAAGAAGGCUAGUUACUCUGAACGAGGUUCCCGAACAUCUGGCAAACUGUCAAGAAUUAUAUGAUAGCAUUGGUCACGUCAUAGAUAGAAACACUCAGGUUAAGGAGUGUGUGAUGGACGAUGACAGGAUUCACCAUGAUUUGCAUUUGAAGAUCGCAAUUGGAGAUCUGAGUCCCUACGAUUUCCGUAAAAGGUUGGUUAACAGAGAGCACAAAUUGCAAUUAAGUUCUAAAUCUGAUCUCCAGGUAGAGCUACACGAUAAUACUCCAAAGAAGAGAUCAAUUGACUCAUUCUUCAGCAAGAAGAAAGACAGCGGUGCCAAAGAAAACGUACUAGAUCGAAUCAUAGCGCUCAAGACACCCAUAGUCGACAAGCUCGAAGAAACCAUCAAGCGAAGGAAACUAAGCGACAACAACACCGUCAUAUCAACAACUACCACCAGUAAAUUCUUUUCCUCUACACAGCAGGAUGAAGAUGAAAUCGAGACUGAAGUGCCGGAAUCUCAACUACCCACGCAAAUCUCGAGCUUGUCACCUGCGCAGUCAGAUCUCCAAGGAAACCGCUUCAACGACGACGAAGAAGAAGAAGAAGAAGUGCUAAGCGAGCUCGAGCCUGAUAACCACACAAACAGCCCCUCACCUGCAUUAUCAUCACAGCCGACCGCCAAAGUCUCCGCAAACUACGCUCCGCUUCAAAGAUUCAGAUACUCCGGUUCACGCGAGCCUCUGCAAGAUAAGAACGUGAACCAGGUGGACCGCAUCGUUUACAUUUCCGCGAAACGAACCCCAUCCACCGUUGCAGAGCAACAGUCUGCCAGACCGUCUUUGAGCCGAAGACCAACGACUCAGGCUGCACGUCGUAUCGUUGUAACUGCUGCCUCUACUGAAUCUACUAAAUCUGCAGCCGGCCAGUCAAGACCGGCGCUCAGAUCUCUCUCGCUGUCUUCAAGAUUCUCCUACAGUGCUACUACGGCGAGCGGCAACCGCCGCCAUAACUGA